CCACAAUUUCUUGUCCAGUAACUAAUUUUGCUUUUUUUGGUCUCCUAACCCAAUUUAGAUGAACAUCGAGGUAAGCCUUUGCGUCGUAAUGAUUGGUCAACUCGAACGUGACGCGCUAACCGGUUUUAUUUUUAGUACACAAAGUGCAUGCUAAGGAAGAGAAAACUUUUCGUGUCCAAUGUUACAACGACGAAGGCGAGCCAUUAGACAAAUUUGAAGAAUUUACAAUGCAUGAUGAAAAUGGUUUUCGCGAGUUUUUAAAGAGAGUGGAUGCAAGAGGGUUGAAACAUAUCGAUGAUAAUAAUGAAGUACCAAAAGUCAUUUCGACUUUUGAAGGCAUUCAACCUAAUCAACUUUAUUGUAUAAGUGCUGCGUAUCUCAUGGCCAUAAAGAAGGGCGUAACGUGGUCGAAAGUUGAAGACAUGGUGGUGGAGAUUGAAACAACAUCGGCUUUAAAAAACAAGCUCAAAAAAACAUUUAAGUCUCCUGUUGAGGUCUUUAGCCGAAUAAUGCAUGAUGAAACAGGUAAUCCCAUAAUGGAAUGGGACGGGAUAUUAUUAUGUCGUGACAAAGUAUUUUUGUGUGAAUGCAAACACAAAAUAACAGAGGAAAAGAUAAACGAAAUUGUUGAACGAUUAAAGGAAUUCCCCGAGAAAUUGAAGAAGGCAAAAGAUCCCGAAUUCAAACAAUUAUCGGAUAAAGAACUAGUUGGAGUCGCUUGUGGCUCGCUUUUUCCAGAAGAAUUAAAACGAAAAUCUGUGGAGCUUGGAUUGGUAGUCGUAUAUCCAGACGGUGGUCGUUAUUCUGUAGGAAUGCCCAAAAAAUGGAUGAUGAGCUUGUGUAAUUUCGUGUAGUAUUAAUUAUGAUGAUAAGAGAAGUUACGUCUUUCUUUAAAUAUCAUAUUAUAUUACAUUGUAGUAAACAGAUUUGUACUUUACCGCAUGAACAUUGCUCUAUAAAAUUUAUUUUAUCGGAGACUUAAUCAUAUGAUCUUCACAAUCGUACAUAGUUAUUUUAUUUAAUAGUGCGUAAUUUACUCACAUCAGGCUUGCAUUUUCAUUACAUAGUGUAAAAUAUU